AUGUUUUCGGUUUUCCUGGGUGCUGCUUCAAAUCCUGAUUUUGAUGCUGACUUUGAGGGCUGGGACAUAAUAGAACAUGAUUUUGGUGGACCACGCACCCCUUCUACCGUCAGCGAAAACCACGAUAAUGUACCAGAGCAGCGCAACUUAAGUUACGAGGCGAGUGAGGCUGGAAGUGAUGAGGAUUAUGGCGAAGCAUCUCAAGCUACAAGACGACAGAAGAAGGGAGGAUAUGAUAGUCGCAUUGAACAAAUUCUUUAUGAGAAUCCAGAACUUCCUCUCUUAAUUGUUGAUGCUGGAAAGAGUUCUGAGAGUGGAGGGAAAUAUAUUGUUUAUACAAUCCGAACUGGGGAUCUUGAAGUUCGUCGGCGCUAUUCCGAGUUUGCCUCUCUAAGAGAAGCUCUCUCCAGGUUACAUCCUACUUUAAUCAUUCCACCCAUCCCCGAGAAACAUACCAUGGCAGACUAUGCUGCGAAUCCAACCAAAGCAAAACAGGACCAACAAAUUAUAGAUCUUCGAAAGCGCAUGUUGGCUGUAUUCUUAAAUAGAUGUAGGAGAAUGGAUGAGGUACGGAAUGAUGGGGUUUGGUGGAGAUUUUUGGAUCCAAACGCAAGUUGGAACGAAGUUUUACAUUCCCAUCCUAUUGCAUCAAUUCCAAAAUCCAAUAUGAAAGCCCCCCCACUCGACCCCGCCAAUCCCACACCUGCUCACGCAUUCCUACCUGUACCUGCAUCCUCUGCGAAACUCAAGGCAGCUUCUACAUCCGCGACUAAUGCUCAAGGUAUGAUAGCACAACCUUCUGAGUAUGCUGCUAGUCCUUCGACUGCGGCGCAUACUAUAUCCGGACCACAACUCUUUGGUAGAAUCCCACCGGAAAGUGCGAAUUUGAGUGAACAAGAUUUGGAUCCAUACUUCAUAAGCUUCGAAUCUUCCACCAAGGAUCUAGAAAUAUUGUUGACCGGGCCUAUUGAACGAGUUAAUCGGAGGACCUUGACCCAUUUAUCUUCGUUGUCGACGGAUUUAGCAGAGCUUGGAGCAAGAUUUAAUGGUUUUUCGCUCUCGGAACCUUCAGCUUCUCUUGCAGCAGCUAUUGAGAGGGUUGGUCAAGCUGUCGAUUCAUCAUACAUUGCGACUGAAGAACUCUCGGCUUCUUUAGGUGCGAGUUUUGCCGAACCAAUGCGGGAGAGUGCACAAUUUGCUGGUGUAGUUCGGAGUGUUUUGAGAUAUCGCGUUAUGAAGAGGGUGCAGCAAGAAAUGACCAACGAGGACUUGGCCAAAAAAAGAGCUCUCCUGGAACAGUUGGAAAGAAGUGAAACUGAAGCGAAGAGAAUUGAUCAAUAUUUGACUAGUAGUGGGACUGCCAAUGUACCACGGCGCUCAACUUCAUCCGCAAGAGAGCCCCCACAAGGAAGACGUGAAUCACCACACGAUGAUACAGCAUCGAUUGAUUCCGAUUUUCCUCCGACUCAUGGCGAUACCCCAUCUGCAUCACAAGGUAUUCCUCAGCAAGAAGAAAUACCUCCUACUCAUCGAAAGAGCUCUAGUGGAAACUUCAUCACCAAUAAGAUUUUCGGGCGUAUAAGUCAUGCAGUUCAUGGUGUUGUUGAUGCUGACCCGGAGAGAACACGAAGGGAUCAAAUUAGUAAGACUAGGGAAGCAAUCUCACAAUUGGAGCAGGCUCAACUCGCAUCUGCGCAAGAUGUCAAAGAUGCAAGUGCAGGUGUGCUCAAAGAUUUGAAGAGAUUCCAGUUGGAAAAAGAGGAUGAUUUGAAGAGAUAUAUGCUCGCCUACGCGAGAUCUCAAAUCGAAUGGGCCAAGAAGAAUAAGGAGACUUGGGAGGAAGCUAAAACGGAAGUGGAAAAAAUAGAUGACAAUUAA